GUCCGCCGAGGCCUAGAGGGGAGGGGCCUGCACGCAGCCCCGCAAGCCGCGUCUUCGUCUCGCCUCCCAGACGCGCGGCGGCGUUUGCUGGGGAGCCCGCGCAGCCCCUCCAGUGAGAGGCCGUUCCCGACGGAAACGGCGGGCCCGAGGGGCCUGGGCCCUUGUCAGGGCGGCGCGUCCCUCACGAUCGCUUUUGGCCAUGUGAGGUGGGUCUGACCUGUGCCGCGGCUCCGUCUGUUUCUCCUUGACCGAGACCGUGGGCCUGAGGAGCGACGCGCAGGGUCGCGCGGGGACCCAGCCGCCCCGCUGCCCCUUCUCCCCGCGAGGCUGUGCGCGAUCACGGCCCCGGGCCCCGAGGCCGAUUGGCAGCCGGGGAACCAAAGCCCCCGCGGGCCCGCCCCAGGGAAAGGCCUGAGGCCGGAGAGCGGCGAAGAACGCUUUGUGCAGUUAGGUGUCGUCGGGCUGGCUCGGGAACUGAGAACAAGAGCAAGGCCCUGGGACGGGCAGCCGGGAGGGCGCGGGCUUGUCACCAGCCGACUCGUGCAGCACCUCAGAGGGCCCCUACCCCACCUCCCGUCGCAACCGCUGUCCCCCAAAAGGCGGAAAGAAAAGAAGGUCCCGUGAGCUUUCUAUGCAGUUUGAGUGGGAAUAGAGAUUGCAUCUACUCAGGUGGGUCCUGGAGCACUGUUUUUAAGAGAACCGCUUUCUAGGCCAGAUCUGCAGCAGCACCUGGAAUGGAUAUAAGUAGCAGUUUUAAUUUCUUCCCAUGAGGGUAUCUGGAAUGAGAACCAUGAAAUUAAUCUAGGCUAGGACAUUUCUAAGAACCUGAAAGGGCACUAGGCAGCACCAGGAGAAUCUGAAACGAAUUGAGGGCACGGCUACAGAAGAGCCUGUCGACAGGAUUCAUGGGAAAUAACUAAUCAGAAACGCCAACAGAAGAAAUCGUUUCACUUUCUUCAGGCAGUGGAAAAUUUGAGUCAUGGUUCAAAUGAAGCAAAAUCAAAACAAAAAAUCUCAAGUAUGAAAAGUUUGUUAUUUAGCAUGCUAAUGUAAAUUUAGGAAAAUGAGCAGGACAGCUCUUUAAAAUUUUAUUGGCACAAAAAUCUAUCUGUAAAGCUUUUGAACUUCUAUCAAAGAAUUGCCAUAAUUUUGAAAAUAAUAUCCAAAAUAUGGAAAAGUUUCAGUGAAAAACAAUACUUGAGAAUAUGCAGGAUGUACAAAAGAAGAUGACCAGACAGCAGCAAAAAGCUAACAAAUUACUUAUAAAUUACUUCAGUAAAAUAAACCUUCAAGUUAAAGCUCAUUCUCUGGGAAAGACUAUUCUGAGUUACUUUCGUGGCAACAAAAAUUAGGUUUCAUUCAUAUGGCAACAGAGCUUACUUUCUUUACCUCAAGUACUAUAUAACUCCCUGAAUUUCAACUUUCCAGACAUCCCAAUGUUUGGGGGUCUUUGUAUUAAUUCAGGCAUGGAUUGUUGUGGCCCAGUGAACUAUGUAAAGAAGAAUAUAUAAGCAUAGCUUUCUUUUUUGACAGGUAAAAUCAGGUCCUUUGGAAGAAAAACCUCACUGCCUACCAGCUAUACAAAAUGACACUGUUUUGCCUUUAAGUCUCCCAUUUCCCCAGGACCAUUUUUUAUUGAGAAUUUUUCUCUUCUGGGUCUACUGUGGGCACAUCUCAGCUCUUCCUUUUGGGUCAUCCCACAGUGAGUCUGGGAAAGCAAGUAUUUUUGUUAUUCCCGAUGGGUGCUGCUACCUCUGGGGAGGGAGGGCCACGCCGGGUCCUGAGAAGUGACAUGCUUGCCAUUCAGGAGCAGUAACAAUAGGACAGGCAGCUUGCUGAGUCCACCUUUAUCUUUAGACUGGCCCUUCAAUCAUGAGCCCCUACCCUUUUAGCCAAUUGCCUAUAAAACCUGUUUUCUUAGGUUUUUAACUAGUCUGGAGGGAAUCUUUUUUGAAAAAUGUUUCCUCCAUUUCGGUAAGUUUUUUCCAUAUAUUUUCUGCUGGUUGUUAGAAGUCAAAUUCAAUAUGAACAAGAGAGGGAAAUACACAACACUGAAUUUGGAGGAGAAAAUGAAGGUCUUGAGUCGGAUAGAGGCUGGACGGUCUCUUAAAAGUGUGAUGGAUGAAUUUGGAAUCAGUAAAUCAACAUUUUAUGACAUUAGAAAGAAUAAAAAAUUGAUUUUGGACUUUGUACUGAAGCAGGACAUGCCGUUAGUAGGAGCUGAAAAGAGAAAGAGGACAACAGGAGCCAAAUACGGUGAUGUGGAUGACGCAGUGUAUACGUGGUACCAGCGGAAACGCUCGGCGGGUAUCAGCGUCCGCGGCGUGGAGCUGCAGGCUGCUGCGGACAGGUUUGCACAGUGCUUUGGGCGAACCGACUUCAAAGCCAGCACGGGUUGGCUUUUUCGAUUUCGAAACAGGCAUGCAAUUGGGAACCGAAAAGUAUGUGGGGAACAAGUCCUAAGCUCAGAAAACGUUGAGCCAUUUCGACAAAAACUGUCCAAUCUUAUCAAAGAAGAGAAAUUGUGUCUAGCUCAACUAUACAGUGGUGAUGAGACAGACCUCUUUUGGAAGUCAACGUCAGAAAACACUCAAGCAAGCAGAAAAGACAUCUGCCUGCCCGGGAAGAAAAUAAACAAAGAGCGGCUGUCUGCUCUUUUAUGUGCAAAUGCAGACGGAAGUCAUAAAUUGAAGUCAAUUAUUAUUGGCAAGUCGAAGCUGCCCAGAAGUGUGAAAGAGGACACAAGUACUUUACCUGUGAUAUAUAAACCGAGUAAAGAUGUUUGGUUCACCAGAGAAUCAUUUGCAGAAUGGUUCUUUCAAAACUUUGUUCCCGAGGUCCGGCAUUUCCAACGCAAUGUUCUAAGAUUCCAUGAAGAGGAUGUCAGAGCACUGUUACUUCUGGAUAAUUCCCCAGUUCACCCGUCUGCUGAAUCAUUAGCCAGUGAGGACGGUCGAAUAAAAUGCCUGUUUUUCCCCCAUAACACUUCAACCUUGAUUCAACCUAUGAAUCAAGGUGUCAUUCUGAGCUGCAAAAGACUUUACAGGUGGAAGCAACUUGAAGAGAGCCUUGUCAUCUUUGAAGAAAGUGACGAUGAACAAGAUAAAGGAGAAAAAGGAGUUUCCAAAAUAAAAAUCUACAACAUAAAAAGUGCAGUUUUUAACUGGGCAAAGAGUUGGGAUGAAGUACAACAAAUAACUAUAGCAAAUGCAUGGGAAAAUCUUCUUUACAAAAAGGAACCUGAGCAUGACCUUCAACGCUUAGAUGAUGGGGAUUACAGAGAAAUUCUUGAGAAAUGUGGAGAGUUAGAAAACAAGCUGGUUGGUGGUAAGACAUGGUUAAGUGACAAAGAGGAAGCAAAAGUUAGCCCCCAAAACACAAAAGGUGGGAUGACUAAGGAAGUUGCUCAGCAAGCAGGGGGGGCGAUUGCUGAAUGUACGCUGUCUGCUAUAAGAGAGAGUUUGGACUCUCUUCUUGACUUCAUUGAUGCCACGCCCGAGUUUCAGAGGUUCCAUUUCACGUUAAAAGAAAUGAAACAAGAAAUAAUCAAGAAACAGAUUCAUAAUAGAAUCCAUUCUAGAACGGGUAACUUUUUAAAACCUCAGUCACAUAUUAAGGAGUCCUUCAAUAUACCUUCAACUUCCAGUUCUAAUAAUUAGAUUUUGUGUUUAACUGUUUUUUUCUGCAGUUAAUAUAUAGUGUAAACCUGUUGUGAAUUGUCUUUAUUUCUUAUCAAAUGACCUUAUUUUGUAUAUCUAUUCUAAUUUAUGCUGGUUACAAAAUAACUUGAAAAUAAAUCUGUUUCUUUAAAUGUAUAAAUAGUUCGCUCUUUUUUUUCUACUUUAGACAAGGCUCUGAAGAGUGAAAAAUUACUGUCCCAGAUUUACUGUCUCAUGGAAAUGUGGCUAGGACAUUAACUUUUAUCAGUGUGAAAGCCAGAAAUAGUACAGAGAUUAAGGUGCUUUGAUCUGCAGGUAACCAUCCUCUGCUUUGAUCCUGGUACCAAAUAUGGUCCACCGAGCACUGCCAGAAGUGAUCACUGAGCAGUCAGUGCAUGCCCGGCCUGAGCUGCAUCAUGUUGUGGCACCAAAACAAAAAUAGUAUCAAUAUAUUCAUAGCUUUUAAUAUAUGCUG